AUGGCUAGUAUCAACCCGACGCCGCCACCGUACCCUGUCGAGACGAGCCCAUGGCUGCCUGACAACAAGAACAAUGCAGACAAACGCGAGUACACGCUGGAACCAGACAACGAUGAUCGCCAGCCCGGCGACAACCGACACAUGAACACGGACAUGGCAACCACCGUUCGCACGUCUGCGGGAAGUUGUCAACACAGCAGGAGGACG